CACUAUCUACCUGGAAGCCGAGUCCGCAAUCUAAUCGUACCGAAAUCGAUGGUUCGCUGACUGGCACAGACAAGACACUAGCAUCCCGCAGUUGGAGGCGCCACGGAAUCGAAGAUGACGGAAGUGAAGCGUCGGGGCUCGAAUGUCCCGCCCGGGCACUACUUGUGCGGUAUGGCCAACUGGCAUCCGGCCUGGCUGCAGAAGUACGCCACCACCAAGAUGUUCAUGGGCGUCUACGGACUGCUCGGCACCAUCCAGGCCAUGUCCUACAUGUACUUCAUCGUCACCCUCACGACGAUAGAGAAGCGCUUCAAGAUUCCCAGUCAAACAACAGGUAUUAUUCUCAGCGGCAAUGAAAUCUCGCAGAUCAUGCUGUCCCUUAUCCUGUCCUAUAUCGGUGGUCAGCGGAAUCGUCCUCGUUGGAUCGCCUGGGGCAUCGUCUUCUGCGGUCUGUCCUGCUACAUUCUCGUCCUGCCGCACUUUAUCUAUGGGGCUGGUCACGAGGUGCUGCAGUUCACCAAGGAGUACCAGGAUAGCCUCCUGAAUAGGACAUCUGAAGCGGGUCAGCCCCUGUUGAAUAUCUCCUCUGUCCAAACCGAGCGACUCUGUGGAGCGGGCAAAACGGAGGAUGACUGCGACGAUCUCUUCUCCUACGUGCCAUUGGUGCUAAUCUUCGUCUCUCAGUUUGUUCUGGGUGUGGGCAACACCAUGUACUUCUCCCUGGGUCAGACGUAUCUCGACGACAACGCCAAGAAGACAAACACUCCUUUAAUGUUAGCCGUGGCCAUGGCCUUGAGGAUGAUUGGUCCUGCCGUGGGAUUCUUUUUCGGCUUCUUGUCACUGAAUACCUUUAUCGAUCCGAGUAAGACUCCUCUGAUCGACAGAAAGGAUCCUCGAUGGCUGGGAGCCUGGUGGCUUGGCUGGGUUAUCCUGGGCACAUUGAUGUGUUUGUUCUCUGGCCUGAUCGGCCUCUUUCCCAAGCAGCUACCCAAGAUCCACGACACCCCAAGGACCAACUCCCACUUGCCACUGGCGCUGCGUCAGACGAAGGAGGAGCUCAAGCGGGAGGAGAACCUUUCGUUGAGCAGCCGCUUCUCCUCGAACGCCGCUCUGGACACAAUUGGAGCAGCUGCGGGGGCCAACGCCGAGCUGCCGAAACUCAAGGAUUUCCCACGCGCCCUCAUGCGAUUGCUUCGCAACAAGCUGCUGAUCUUCAACAUUAUCUCGGGAGUCUUCUACAUCCUGGGUGCCUCCGGGUUCAUGACUUUUCUCACCAAAUAUAUGGAGGUGCAGUUCCACAUGGAUGCCCAGAGUGCCACCAUUAUCGUUGGUCCCAUUUCCAUUAUGGGCAUGGUCAUCGGUUUGAUUGGCUCCGGUAUGGUGCUGUCCAAGAAGAAGCCCCACGUGAGCAAGGUGCUUAUGUGGAACGUAAUCGUUGGCGGGGUCUCCAUUUUGGGGCAGAUCUCAUAUGCCUUCCUUUACUGCCCAGACACCUUCUCCAUGACCCACGUGGGACAGCUGAACCUGACUAGUUCCUGCAACUCAAACUGCUCCUGCGAAGGAAUCACCUACACGCCCGUUUGCCACGAGCCGACGGACACCACCUUCUUCUCGGCCUGCCAUGCGGGAUGCCGCGCAUACAAUGCCACCUCCAAGUUGUACGAGGAUUGCAGUUGUAUGGCCAAUUAUAAGCCUCCAACCAGUGCGUCCCAGCGGCUGCUCAAUCUACUGUUACCCACUCAAGAACCGGAACUGGAUAGCACCACCGAUUUCGACGGCUAUCUAGGCGGUGUGCCCCUGCUCAAUGACGACGGUGACUUCGAGGAGGAGCUGCUGUCCAGGACCACUAGAUCCACUUCCGAUUCGGUGCUCCGGCCGGGUAUCUGCACAAAGAACUGCAACUGGAGCUUUUGGGCCUUCUCCAUCACCUCGAUGAUCGUCAGCUGGUUCGGUUCGUCCGGUCGAGUGGGCAACGUCCUGGUAAACUACCGAGCCGUGGCCCACGAGGACAAGUCCUUCGCUCAGGGACUGGCCCUGAUGAUGAUCAGCUUGCUCGCCCUGAUCCCCGGACCCAUCAUGUUCGGCCGCCUUAUCGAUUCCACGUGUCUGGUGUGGACGAAGACCUGCAAUGGCAAUGGCAACUGCCAGUUGUACGAUCAGACCCGCUUCCGUUACUCCCUCAACUUUUUGUCAUGCAUGCUUACUUUAAUGGGACUCUUCUUUGAUUACCUUGUUUGGUAUUAUGGACGCACUCUGGACAUUUAUGGCGACAAGGAGGCUAAAGAAGAGGAGCGGGCCAAUAGAAGGGACCAACCCAUUACUCCGCUGCUGGCCAAGAAAUCUGACCAGGAAGAAUACUAAGAGGGCAACCCAUCCGUGAUACUCAAUUAUAAGGAGUAGAUUCAUAUGAUACGCACCAAUUCCGAGUAUUUAAUAAAAGCAAAGCACAUUUUUAGAGUAAGUUCCUGUUAACAAAAGAAGAGAAAGAUCGGACGAAGCCAACAAUCCAAAGCCAUAUGUACAAAACCCGCUCUUCGAUAGGAUUUUCGUUAUUGGAUUCGCACUAUCCUAUGUCAUAUUUCAGUGUACAAUUGUUAAUUAUUUUUAUUACGUGCUAAGUUCAGUUAACUGUACCAUAAUUAGUUUAAUAAAUAAAAACUAAAAGAAUUU